GCUCCGAGCUUCCCUGCCUCUGCAGACGCACUGAGACACAAAAAAAGGCGAGAGCGAGAGCGAGCGAGAGGAGAAAGGGAGCCCAGCCCAGCCCCGCACCAUGACCGAAACCACCAAGACCCACGUUAUCCUGCUCGCCUGCGGCAGCUUCAACCCCAUCACCAAGGGCCACAUCCAGAUGUUUGAAAGAGCCCGGGAUUACCUGCACAAGACAGGAAGAUUCAUCGUCAUUGGGGGAAUUGUCUCACCUGUACAUGACUCCUAUGGGAAGCAGGGCCUGGUCUCCAGCCGACACCGCCUGACAAUGUGCCAGUUGGCUGUCCAGUGCUCUGAUUGGAUCAGAGUGGACCCCUGGGAAUGUUACCAGGAUACCUGGCAGACUACGUGCAGUGUACUUGAACACCACCGGGAUCUGAUGAAACGAGUGACUGGCUGCAUCCUCUCCAAUGUCAACACACCAUCCUUGACCCCAGUGAUUGGACAGCCCCAGAAUGAGUCCCCACAACCUAUCUAUCAGAACAGCAACCUUUCCAACAAGCCCACUGCAGCAAAGUUUUUGGGGAAGGUGGGAGAGAGCCUCAGCAGGAUUUGCUGUGUUCGCCCACCAAUGGAACGUUUCACCUUUGUGGAUGAAAAUGCAAAUCUGGGGACAGUUAUGAGAUACGAAGAGAUUGAGCUCCGAAUCUUGCUGCUCUGUGGCAGUGACUUGCUGGAAUCUUUCUGCAUCCCAGGCCUAUGGAUUGAAGCAGAUAUGGAGGUGAUUGUUGGGGAUUUUGGCAUUGUUGUCGUGCCACGAGAUGGUGCCGACACAGAUCGCAUCAUGAACCACUCCUCAGUACUCCGCAAGUACAAAAAUAAUAUCCUGGUUGUGAAGGAUGACGUGAAUCACCCCAUGUCUGUCGUCAGUUCAACCAAAAGCAGACUGGCUCUUCAGCACGGCGAUGGACAUGUUGUGGAUUAUCUGUCACAGCCCGUCAUUGACUACAUCCUCAAGAGCCAGCUGUACCUGAAUGCCUCUGGUUAGCCCCGACCAAACUUGGCACUACACUGAGGCAGACCCAUCACUCAACUUUCCUGCAGUUGCUCAUCACAUUUCUUUCUCUUUUUCUUUCUCACUGCCUAAUGCGUGUGCAUCUGCCUUUUUCGCUCUGACUCUGACAUCCUGUUUCCUACCCCACCUCACCCCAUGCAGGGAAGUGUAGCAUAUAACAGCCAAACAAAUGAAAACCCAGUCAGUGAACCCCUUUUCCCUGUCCUUGGGAGGGAAAACAAAAGCAGGUGCCAUGUGCCUCAAGGGGACGGCUUUGAUGUGUACCUUCCCAGCAUGCGUUAGGGGAAGUAACACUGUCCACCUUCCCAGCAUGCCUUGGGAGCCAGGAAGGUUGUUCUUUUUCCCUAUCCCAUAACCCAUCAACUAAACAAAUCUCAGUGGGUCAUUUUUUUUUCAGUGCUAAUCCCUUUUUUCCAGCUUUUUAUUAUUGUGAUUUGCUCUGUUUAAAAUAGAAUGCAGUUGGCAGAAGGAGAGUCUAACCCACUUGGUAUAGUGCCCAGACUUUUUCGGUCAGCUAUGAAAAGAAUUUAGCCUUGAUUGUUUUUCUUUCAGUGAAGCAGCCCAGAUUCUAAAACAAUGUCAUCUGAAGCAAAAAAAAAUAUUAAAAUAAAAUUAAGGAGAGAGAGGGUUUCCAUUGGAGAAAGGAUGUGAGAAGGGCAGGAAGUAGCCUUGUUUCUUAUACAUUUGAUUGUUCUGGUUGUAAAUAGAUACUUGUUUUAAGGGGAGGGUGGAUUUUAAAUGGGGUUUCUGUCGUGCUUUAGAACCUUUAAAAAAGGGAGCACUUUUUCUUCGUGGGGAGGGAAGAAUAGUUUUUGAGCAUUGCCUCUCAGGGUGAUGCAACCAUCUCAGUGACUUAAAGCAUCCCUGUUGAUUUGGCCCAGGAUUGGGUACCCCAACACUUUCCUUGACUUAAAGCCUCUCAUUUUGUCCAGUAACUCAUUUUGGAGUUCCACCAUUGUUGUGUUCACUGUACCCUUGCUAGUUUUGCUAGUUCUGGCUGGGCUGGAGGAAUUUGCAAUUACCUGCUAUUACCAUCCAUCUAUCCAUCUUUUUGUGAGGAACUGUACUUAGCGCCACAUACAGGGGUGUGUGUGUGUGCAUGUGUGUUGAUUUCCCUAUAUACACACACAUUUCUGGAUAGAGUUGUUCCUUAAACCUUGCCAGAGCAAGAGAACAUUUCCCACACAGUAAUUCCUACAAGAAAUUGGGACUGGGGGAUUCCAGCAGCUACAUGAAUACAGUUUCUAGAUCUCCAAGUGGGGCAGCUUGGUCAGUUUUUGGUGUGUUGGAACUAGUUAGAGCACUAGGAGGUUGUGGGAAGCGUAGUUGGUGGCAAAUUGCAACUUCAGAUAGCCAAAACUGUCUUCUGUGCUUGUGGAUAGGAAAUGUACUGUUUGGAACCCCUCUUUUUGAGUUGAGUGUUUUUGUUGCCCUGUGGCAGAGCCUAGUGCAAGCAAUAGCGGUCAGAACAAGCAUAUGGAGAACAGAGACAGUGGGAUAAUCAAGACACGGGGACAGCUCCUUGAUGCUUGUGCCAACAUCUGGCUUGGUAAGGCACAUUCAACACUCUCAGUACUCCUAAAGACCUACUGCUGUCAGAGCCAGAUGUACCAAAAGGUCACAGCCGCUCUGAUGAAAUUUUUCAACUCAUGGAAGGCUUUAGAUAUUUCCCCAUGCCUUCUAGAUAAAUAGCCCUUUUGCUGUCCUGUCACCCAUAACAACUCCUGUUCCAAAGUGCUUUCUUUCAGUCACACAGAACCCACAAGCCUCUGUUUAUUACAAAACAGCUUCAGCUUCUUGCUGGAAUCUCCCUUACACUUGAAUGCCAAGGUGCAGAGACCAAAGCCAGCAACAGUGUUUAACGGUGAUGAGAAAAGGUAGCAUGGACAUUACACGUGCAAGUGUGUGCUGGGACCGUCAUCAUGGCCUUGCCAAAGAAAGUCUCGAAGGACAUCUUGCAUUGGGAACCAAGGAGAAGGAAGA